CGUUGCCUAGUGAUUUGCGACUCUGGGCGAUCUACGACAUAAAGUGGUUCCACAAUCCACACGUGUGCCUCUCCGACCUACAGGAAUCUCCCUUUUUCACGGGAAGGGCGCCCGUCCAGCUCCGGCCCAGCAUGUCGUCCCCGGGCUCCUCGUCUCACAACGCCGGGAAGCGCAAACGAAACAACACCGCGGCCAGCAAGGUGGAAAUGGACAAUCAGCAGACCAUCCAGACGGAGUCCCGCGACGCCUCAGCCGAGGAGGGUGAUACGACGGCUCCGGAAUCCGGCCGCACCGCCGCAGCCGCCCACAAGAAGACCGACUCGCUCGGAGGCAGCAGCAGCAGUCACCCGCCUAGCAAGCGGCAGCGCGCCAGUUCCGACCAAUCUACCGCCAUUGCCGGGACGCCAAUAGGCCAUGCGCAAGCAGUCGACCCCGGCGAGCCGAGCGACACCACCGAGGCGAGCGUGGACAUUGCCGAACGCGUGGCGCGAAAGGGCAGCCGGAAGGCCUCGACAACCAAGGAGAGCGCCGCGUCUACUACUACUACCGGCAACGGCACCACAAACGGCAGCGCGCCCAUCAGCAGCAAAACCGCCGCCGCCAUGCCUCCGCCCCCGAUCGGCAAGCUCACACACCCGCACGGCUACAAGACCAACCCGCCUCCCGUGGGUAGGCCGAUAAGGGUGUAUGCCGACGGCGUGUUCGAUUUAUUUCACCUUGGACACAUGCGUCAGCUGGAACAGGCGAAGAAGGCGUUCCCGGAUGUGUAUCUGAUCGUGGGUGUGACCGGGGACGAGGAGACGCACAAGCGCAAAGGCCUCACGGUGCUUACGGGCAAGGAACGGGCCGAGACGGUACGGCACUGCAAAUGGGUCGACGAGGUCAUCGAGAACUGCCCCUGGAUCGUGACGCCCGAGUUCCUCGAGAAGCACCAGAUUGACUAUGUCGCGCAUGACGACAUUCCCUACGGCGCCGACGAGGGCGACGACAUUUACGCGCCUAUCAAGGCCGCCGGCAAGUUCCUGGUGACGCAGCGCACCGAGGGCGUAAGCACCACGGGGAUUAUCACAAAGUGAGUUCUCCUCAACCCCGUCCCUUCCCUCCUUAUUUGUCUUUUCUAUCUCUCCCCUUUAUUUGAGAAA